AUGAGGAACACAAACGAACUGGAGCUCUUGCAAAUAACAAGUAUAACCGCUCUGUCUCUGGUUGUCUAUUCGUCUGGAUACAGAAAAAGCAUACUCAACGACUUUUUGUUCUACAUAGUUCCCCAGUACUGUGCCGUGAUGUUCCCAGACAGAAUCUGGAGCACGUAUCUUUGUUUAGCCAUGCUCUUCAGAUACUCACAAAUCCAGAAAUCUACAAACAGCAGUGAAAAAACUACGGUAAUCGGAUAUUUAAGAUUCACAAUAUCUCUUAUAGUUGUGAUUGCAAUAUACGGAGUGGACUUCUCGAUAUUUGACAGAAGACUUGGGAAGUCGGAUUUUUUUGGAAUCCAAAUGAUGGACAUAGGUGUUGGAAGCUUCAUUUAUAAUAGCGGGGUUGUGGGCUGGAAAGGAAGGCCUUUAAGAAGGUGCAUAAGGUCCUACCUAGUUCUUGUUAUCCUUGGGUUUGUAAGGUACUUUGUUGUUAAGUGGUUUAAUAUCCACGUAAAUCCAAGAGAGUACGGAAUCCACUUAAACUUUUACUUUAUACUUGCAGCUGUGAGACUCAUAUGUUCACUGAUAGGGUCCAGAUACAACUUUCUUCUGGGACUCUUUUUAAUAACAAUCUACGAAGUCGUUCUCAAGUUCUCUGGGUUGGUGGGCUUUAUCUUUUCUGAUCAGAGGAAAACAUUCCUGGAGAUGAACAAGGAAGGACUAGUGGCGGUUAUUCCAUACACAUCGAUAUUUUUGAUGGCAUCGGAGAUUGGAAGAAUAUGCUCCUCCAAGGACAAGGUAAGAAGCAAGGGAUUUCAAGUCCUGAGGAUGUCGGGUAUAUUUGGAUGUCUCUAUGCAGUGUCGCAGCUCUCCAACGAAGGAUCUAGAAGAUUGGGAAAUGCGGGGUUUGUGUUCUGGAUACUUACCCUUCACACCUUGCAUAUGGGGAUAUACAUGCUUUUUGAAAGUGUGAUUGUCCUACACAAUCCAUUGACAUCUAUGUUCUGUAGUUCCAACAUGAUGUUUGUAUUUUUGUUUUCAAACCUGAUUGUCCUACUUGGAAACUUCUUUUAUGAUCUUGGGAGCUUUUCACCUCUAGUUGCACAUCUGAACAUUCUUUCCUAUCUGGUGCUUGUGUUUUCGAUUCCAGCUCUGUUGGCGAGUAGGUUUGACCUGCGCUGUGUGGGGCUGGGAUACCGGUCCUGA